AAAAUGACCCUCAACAACGUUACCAUGCGUCGCACCCACAACAGUGGCCUGCAGCAGCAGCAGCAGCGAUGGAGCAUCCCUGCUGAUGGGAAGAAUCUGCUGGUGCAGAAAGACUCCAACGAGUACAACCCACAGAAGCGAUACACCAUCAGUCCCGACGAAUAUUACAGAAAGAGCUGGUCCUCGGAGUCAUCCGACUCAGUCAUCUCCUCUGAGUCUGGCAGCAAUUGCUACCGCGUGGUGCUGAUCGGGGAGCACGGCGUGGGCAAGUCCUCGCUAGCCAACAUCUUUGCGGGGGUGCAUGACAGCAUUGACAGUGACUGUGAGGUGCUGGGAGAAGACACGUAUGAAAGAACCAUGAUGGUGGAUGGGGAAGGUGCAACCAUUAUACUGCUCGACAUGUGGGAUAAUAAGCGUGAGGGAGAAUGGAUUCGAGACCACUGCAUGCAAGUAGGAGACGCAUACUUGAUUGUCUACUCCAUCACAGACCGAGCAAGCUUUGAGAAAGCCUCUGAACUCAGAAUACAGCUCCGCAGGGCACGCCAAAAAGAAGACAUCCCCAUCAUUUUGGUUGGCAACAAAAGUGACCUUGUCAGGUGCCGUGAAGUUUCAGUGGCAGAGGGACGAGCCUGCGCCGUCGUGUUUGACUGCAAGUUCAUCGAGACCUCAGCGGCCGUGCAGCACAAUGUGAAAGAGCUCUUUGAAGGCAUCGUGAGGCAAGUGCGGCUCCGGAGGGACAGCAAAGAAAAGAACGAGAAGAGGCUGGCGUACCAGAAACGGAGAGAGAGCAUCCCCAAGAAAGCCAGGCGGUUUUGGGGCAAAAUAGUUGCCAAGAACAACAAGAACAUGGCCUUCAAACUAAAGUCCAAGUCUUGCCAUGACCUAUCAGUACUUUAAGAACGCUGGACUCUGCCAGAGCUUGUGGCAUUUUGUGGACAUUAUCUGUCGUGGGACAAUCAAUCAAUCUAUAUUAGAUUGGGCUAUCAAAGUGACUUAGGUUCACAGCUGUAAUUGUGAUGAUACGUGCUGGCAUAAGAACAGCACAGUGUAUGGAAAUAUCUCUCUUUCUUUUUUUGUUGUUAGUUUUAAAAGAAAGGUAUAGACCAGAACGACCCAAAGUUAUGCUGGGAAGUGUUCUGGAAUAUACUUGUUGCUUCUCCUCUCACCCUUGGAUGAUAGUAUAAGAACCCUGAACCCUCAUGGCUUGGGAAGUGCAUACUACAGCCUUUACUCUUUCUCCUUGCUAUUAUUAUUAUUAUUAUUAUUAUUAUUUCCUUUUUUUUAAAAAUUGUAUAAAGAAUUGAUGAACUGACUGGGGAUUGGUCCUUUGCCAGUUGGCUGGUCAGGCUUGAGCACCCCACAGAUGAAAAAUCUGCAUUUUUGUAGAAUAGCCACCAAGACACUUUUUUAGUAUUGCUAUUAUUAUUACAAGGAUUGGUUUUAAUGAAUUUACACAUCUCUUACUUUGAAAAUAUUUAAAGGAAA